GGGCUUCAAUCUUGAUUGACGUUUCAUUGGCCAAUAGAAUGGCAGACAGAGUGACGUCGCCAGCAAACACUGGCGAAUCAGGUGGCCCUUGGUUGGAAUCAGGUUCGGUUGACGUGUCGAUGAAAAGGUGCGCAUGCGCCGUCGGGCCGCCAGUCAUGUCGGUGAUGAUGGCGGGAGAUGUGGCUGCCGAGAAGAAGCUGCAGCACCGACCCUUCCUGAUCGCCGUUAGCGGCGGCACCGCCAGCGGAAAAUCAUCAGUGUGUCAGAAAAUUGUUGAGCUGCUGGGACAGAACAAAGUGGAUCAAGACCAGAGGCAAGUGGUAAUCCUGAGCCAGGACAGUUUCUACAAGGUGCUGACCACCGAGCAGCGAAUCAAGGCCAGUAAAGGACAGUAUAACUUCGACCAUCCAGAUGCAUUCGACAACGAGCUGAUUCUCCGCACUCUCAAGGACAUUAUUAAUGGGCGGACGGUGCCAAUUCCAGUCUAUGACUUUGUUAAACAUUCACGGAAGCCAGAGAUGGUGUCAGUUUAUCCUGCGGAUGUGGUUCUUUUCGAGGGCAUUCUGGUUUUCUAUUCCCAGGAGAUCAGGGAUUUGUUCCACAUGAAGCUCUUCGUCGACACAGAUGCCGAUACUCGUCUCUCUCGCAGAGUUUUGCGAGACAUCAAUGAGAGGGGCCGUGACUUGGAGCAGAUUUUGACGCAGUACACUACGUUUGUCAAGCCUGCCUUUGAGGAGUUCUGUCUUCCGACCAAGAAAUAUGCUGAUGUCAUUAUCCCCCGGGGAGUAGAAAAUCUAGUUGCUAUCAAUCUGAUUGUGCAGCAUAUUCAAGAUAUCCUGGCCGGUGGCCUAACCAAACGCAACGGUUGUGUGAACGGACACACCAUAUUGCGCACCCGUCACACCUCGGAGUCCAGUACCCGGCCACACUGACCACAGACAACAAUGACGGGGAGAGCGCCAUCACUGUCCACUUCCUCACAGUCAGUCUCACUAUAUGGGUGGCAAUGCUCCUUCCUCUUUCCUCACUACAAGGUCUCCUUUAACUGUGUCCCUGGGCUCUCCCUUGUCUCUAAUAGUAGUUGCCAGCAAGUAAACAGACAUCUCAAUGCAUCUGGAAUCAUUGGUUGGGAUGUACGGUCUGCAACUCUGAAACUGAGGGCAUCAUAAUCCUUAGCCUUCUGUUGACUUUUUUCCAUAGCGUUUCACUUUGGGGAGGUGGAUGGAGCAUUUGUAGUAAGUAGCCCUCACCUUCUUGGUCUGGGGACUACCCCAGGAUGAGUGCCAUUGUUGCAUUGUGACAUAAUCUGAGGUGCCACAGAUGGGUGGCGUGUAGUUGUUUAAUUAUCUAUUAUGGGAUUUGAGCUCUCACACACUGCCCUGUAUAUGAAGGCUGCAUUCAUUGGACAGACUGGAACAGAUAACCAGCUUGCUUGAAGCAAGUCACUGGUGCCCAAGGAGACCAGUAAAUAGAUGUUGUAUAGUGGCUCAACUGUGCCACGUGAACUGUUCUUGUGUGGAUUCAGUGAAGUAGAGUGCGUCUAGUGUUAUGGUUGAGCUUUGUGCAUGUGUAUAUGCAUGCAUCCCAGCAGCACUUCCUGUCCCCGCUGCAAGAUGCAAUAAUUUCCUUCCACUCAUUCAUAUUUGAUAGAUAAAUCCUUUCUAAAGUACAGUGCCCAGAAAUGUACACACUGCUCCAGGGUUUUGUAUAGCUACAGUGAAACAACCUUUGCUCUAGUUUUAAAGUCUUUCACUUUGGUAAAUGAGCUCAGUUACCACGACCUAAAAUCUGACAUUAACUGACAUUCUUGCCCCACCCUAGCUUCAUUUUGUGUCUCUCCCUGGUCCCUGGAGGUGCUGCAUUCUGCCAGUGCACAUUUCUCUGGUCACUUAUGUGACCUGUUACAGGGCUUUUUCUAUUCAACCUGGACAAUGUUGGCAAGAGGCAUUAGGCUGAGCCUGGGUCUUGUUAACUGCUUGGAGAAACCCAACUUGCAAGGGUUCUGGCUGAUUGGUGUCUCCCUGCUUCAGUGUUUGAGUCCCUUUGUGGCCAUUGGUAUUAUCUGGAUAUAUCCUUGGGGCCACUGGAGGAGCCCAGCUACAUCAAUUGAAUAAAAGGUUGUUGCCCAUAGUUUAAUGUUCUGAGGCUGGGAUUCCCUUUAGAUUCUUCCAUAACCUAAAAUUCAGAUGGGAAUGUCUACUAUCUUUUAAUAUAUUACCCAUCACUUGCAGCUCUCUAACCUUUGUUACAAUCCCACCGUCCAAAGGCUCAGUGGGAUUUGCGUAGCGAGAGGAAAAGCUACUAGUAUGGCAGUAAUCUAUGAAGGACAGGUCCACAGAUGUGUCCUGCGUCUUGUAGUGUCAGAUGCUGUGAAGAGAGCGUUAUGUUUAAAUGUUGAGAUUGAGAAGGUAUAUAAAAUCAAACUUCAAAUUUGACAGGAAUUCUACUUCUGACUGUGGGUCACACAAGCUCAUCAUUGUGGAAUUCUGUCCUUUUUCCCUGAAAUAGCCAUGAGGAGUGGGGCAGGAGGAAAUAGUUACGGGACUUUGUGAGGAACAGUCAUUGUAUAACCUGCCCAUGGUGCCUACUGUAUUAUUUCAUGUUUCAUGGGGUAAGGUGAUAAUUAACACAACAAACUGGAAUGAUUUGACAGGGAGCAGGGAUUGCUGUCUCCUGACGGGGUUUGAGUUGCAAGUAAAUGCAGUGCUGUGAUUUGAGGCAUUGUUCUUAGACUGAGUCGACACUAACCCAAGCUUGUUUGCCUCUAGCUGUCAAUCCAUUCCUUCUCUGGUUUCCCUAUGAGUGAAAGACAUUUCUGAAUCAUCCUGCCUGAUUUGAAUGCACUAAAUCCAGCACUGGCAUGAAUGAAGCAUCGUCUGUGAAUGCCAUUUAGUAUUUGUUAACAGCUGGGAUUCACUAGUUGCCCGGAUUCCAUUGCAACUUUCUGUAAUCGUGUAGUUUCUUGUCUGUUUGGGAUGGGGUACGCAAAGCUGAGCUGUGGGGGUUUCACAGGAUGUUUUUUCCAACAGCUAAUUGCGUAUUUCUCUGUUCAUUGUUUUGCUGCCUGACCUUGAACAGCGGUCUUGCACUUAAUGCCUAUUACUUGAAAUCUUUUGAAGUAAAUUGAUAUUUAAGGAUGUGGCUGUGGGUGAGUGGUGAGUACCACUGAGCAAUCAGGUGAAAAGACCAAGGUCUAAUGUUUUGUGAUUCAUGCAGCUUGGUUUAUGUAGUCUAUUUGUUCACUGCUACUUGCAGGGAAGUAUGAACUGAAAUUUGUGUUCACUUCCAUCAGAUGUUUAUUUUUAGUAUAUGUAUAUAACUGAAAAGGAAUUUAUAAAAGUCAAUAAAAGACUAAGGCUUGCAACACUGCUAACAUCUGGCUGUUGAUAGAUUCUCUCUAAAUAAUGAGCUACCUAAGCCAUUGCUGGCCUCCAAGAAUUCAUAAAGUAGCAGAAGGAAGCUGCCAAGUUUCUCAUGAUAGUGAGCAUUCAUGAUCUGGCAGAACUGCCCCUUUGAACUUGUGGUCAGCUGACUUGGAAUGUCAUUGAGAUGCAGCCACCCUUUACAUUGGUGCACCUGGACCCAAAUAACAAACGGAUCAGAGCUCUGCAUUUCAGCCACAUGUGGACAAAGUGUUGCAUGAGAAUGAGAUUCCAAC